CACACUGGAGUUUCUCCAACGCUAAUAUUCUGUUUUUAUGAACACCUUUUUUGGAUUUAUCAAACGUAUCAAUUUGAUAUCCAUCUCAGGUUGUUCAUUUUCUCAAUCUUUCUCUCACUCUAUUUUUUUUUCCAUAAAGGAGUUUCUUUUCCAUAAAUCCUGAGAGGCACCGAGGUUGAAUCCAAGAAGAAAAAAGUGUUGAGUCAAUCCCAGAGUCCUCACUCUCAUCUCAGACAUUGCUGAUCAUGAGUGGAUCUAGUGCUUCCCCUCUUGUUGUGGACAAUGUGAUAAAGUUGCAGUAGAGCAGGAGAAUGAACCGGUUUGCUGAGAAGUUCAAAACAACCAACGUUCUUCUAGCAUGGAUUCAUUCGGCGAUGUUUGCCCCUGCCAGCGUGGCGUUGGUCAUGAUGAAGAACGGACGCUUAAAAGGCUUCGGGUAUGUGACGUUUUCAUCUCCUGAUGAGGCUCGAGAAGACAUCAUGGAGAUGAAUGGCAGGGUGCUGGGCAGCAGGACUGUGUACUUAAGUCCCUCUCAGACCACCCAGGGACGAAGUCAUGGCAUGAAGGUAGAAACCAUCUCGCCUUCAAAACCCUGCCCAGAACCAAGACCCAACGCCAACAAGAACAUCCAUCCACAGAGUGGUACUGCACAAUUGACGGUCCAAAGGCUUUGGAUUUGUCUGAUAUUCCUCUCUGGAUGAAGACACUAAUGCCAUCAGAGAGUUGAAUGGAAAGCUGGUGAGCAGGAGGUCACUGUGUAUCACUAUGGCUGAGCAGUGGACAGGGAGC